UUACGGUAGCCCAUUCCAUUCUCCAGUCUUCCCCCAGGAUAGCUGGCGAUGAGUAGUGAGUGAGUGGAAAACGGAGCCUGCCUGCUUGGGAAUCUAGCUAAAGCACAUCAGCUGCAACUGCCAUGGCUGAACGCCGCGCCUUCGCCCAAAAAAUAAGCAGGACUGUGGCAGCAGAGGUUCGGAAACAGAUCGCUGGUCAGUAUGGCUCUCCACAGCUCCUUAAGAACCUCAACGUGGGAACGGCUGCAAGCAACACGGUUCCCCUCACUGAGGCGGUGGAGCCAGUGGACUUUGAGGAGUACCUCUCCACCCACCCCCCGCUCGUGGAGUCCGGGCCGCUCCGGGACCUGAUCGAGUUCCCUCCAGACGACAUCGAGGUCACCUACGUGCCGCGGGACUGUCGCACCGUGGCCCCCGCGCUCCCAGAGGAAGGGGACACGGAUACACAUGUCAGAGACUGCGUCAGGUCCUACACGGAGGACUGGGCCAUCGUCAACAGAAAAUACCACAAGCUUGGCACGGGAUUCAACCCCAACACCCUGGACAAGCAGAAGGAGCGUCAGAAGGGCCUUCCCAAGCAGCUCUUUGAAGCUGACGAGAUCAUAGACGGCACAAGUUACCAGGAUGACCAGGAUGAGCUCAAGCGGCGCUCCAUGUCCAUCGACGACACGCCGCGUGGCAGCUGGGCGUGCAGCAUCUUCGACCUGAAGAACUCCCUCCCCGACGCCCUCCUGCCGCACCUCCUGGACCGCUCGCCCAACGAGGAAAUCGACCGCAACAACGAGGACCAGCGCAAGGCCAACCGCCACCGCGAGCUCUUCGCCCUACACCCGGCCCUCGACGAGGAGGAGCCAAUUGAGCGUCACUGUGUUCCAGACGUGCCCAAAGAACACUUCGGCCAGAGGCUUCUCGUCAAGUGCUUGUCCCUGAAGUUUGAGAUCGAAAUUGAGCCCAUUUUCGCUAGUUUGGCCUUAUACGACGUGAAGGAAAAGAAAAAGAUCUCGGAGAACUUCUUCUUUGACUUGAACUCGGAGCAGACCAAGGGCAUGCUGCGUCCGCACAUCCAGACGGCGGCCAUCUCCACGCUGGCUCGCUCCGCCAUCUUUUCCAUCACACACCCCUCGCAGGACGUCUUCCUGGUCAUUCAGCUGGAGAAGGUGCUGCAGCAGGGCGAUAUAGGCGAGUGUGCCGAGCCCUACAUGGUCUUCAAAGAGUCUGACGCAGCGAAGAACAAGGAGAAACUGGAAAAGCUUCGUGGCCAAUCAGAGCAGUUCUGCCAGCGCCUGGGUCGCUACCGCAUGCCUUUCGCCUGGACCGCCAUCCACCUGAUGAACAUCGUCAACAGUGCCGGCAGCCUGGAGAGAGACACAGAGCUGGAGAUAAGCCUAUCAGAGAGGAAAGGCUCGUGGUCAGAGCGGCGGAACUCGAGCAUCAUGGGAAGGCGUUCCCUGGAGCGCACCACCAGCGGGGACGAGUGCUGCAGCCUGACGGGGUUCCGACCCGCCACGCUCACCGUCACCAACUUCUUCAAACAGGAAGGGGACAGGCUGAGUGAUGAGGACCUCUAUAAGUUCUUGGCGGACAUGAGGAGGCCUUCCUCUGUACUGAGGAGACUAAGACCGAUCACAGCCCAGUUGAAGCUGGACAUCUCUCCAGCGCCAGAGAACCCCCACUACUGCUUGACCCCUGACCUCCAGCAGGUCAAACCCUACCCGGACAGCCGGGUCAGGCCGACAAGGGAGAUCUUGGAGUUCCCUGCCAGGGACGUCUACGUGCCCAACACCACGUACAGGAACCUGUUGUACGUGAAUCCGCAGAGUCUUAAUUUCGCCAAUCGCCAAGGCUCUGCACGAAAUAUCACUGUGAAAGUGCAGUUCAUGAAUGGGGAGGAUCCCAGUAACGCAUUGCCGGUGAUAUUCGGCAAGUCCAGUUGUGCAGAUUUCUAUAAGGAGGCCUACACUUCCGUCGUCUACCAUAACAGGUCCCCAGACUUCCACGAUGAAAUCAAGAUUAAGCUGCCGGCGAGUCUGUCGGACCACCACCACAUCCUCUUCACUUUCUAUCACGUCAGCUGUCAACAGAAGCAGAACACACCGCUGGAGACCCCCGUCGGUUACACGUGGAUCCCCAUGCUUCAGAGUGGGAGGUUAAGGACUGGACACUUCUGCCUGCCUGUGUCUCUGGAAAAGCCCCCGCAGUCCUACUCUGUCCUCUCCCCCGACGUUGCACUGCCGGGGAUGAAGUGGGUGGACAACCAUCGUGGUGUGUUCAACGUGGAGGUGGUGACGGUUUCUGCCAUCCACACACAGGACCAGUACCUUGACAAGUUCUUUGCGUUGGUGCACGCGCUGGACGAACACAUGUUCCCAGUGAGGAUCGGGGACAUGCGCAUCAUGGAGAACAACCUGGAGGCGGAGCUUAAGACCAGCAUCGCGGCACUCAGCUCCUCACAGCUGGAGCCCGUCGUUCGAUUCCUCCACCUGCUGCUGGACAAGCUGGUGCUGAUGGUGGUGCGGCCGCCUGUCAUCGCAGGGCAGAUUGUGAACCUGGGCCAGGCUUCCUUCGAGGUCAUGGCAUCGGUGGUCAACCGGCUCCAUAAGUACCUGGACAGCAGCCAGGACAUGCAUGGCCGCAACAGCCUCCUGUCCUCCUACAUCACCUACGUCUUCCGCCUGCCACACACAGACCCCAACUCCCCCUCCCCGGACACAAACACCGACGCAGCAGGUCCGGGGGCGCUUGGGGGCUCGGUCCACUACGCCACCAUGGCCCGCUCGGCGGUCCGCCCGGCCAGCCUCAACCUCAACCGCUCCCGCAGCCUCAGCAACAGCAACCCGGACAUCUCGGGCACGCCCACCUCCCCCGACGAUGAGGUCCGCUCCAUCAUCGGCAGCAAGGGCCUAGACCGCUCCAACUCUUGGGUGAACACCAUGGGCUGUAAGGGGGCUCCCUGGGGAACCGGCCCCGGGUCCGCUCCAGAAACCAUACAGGCCAUGGAGCGCUCUGGCAAUCGCAUGUCUUCGCACACGGAAAGCGCCAGUUUCUUGCAGUCUUUAACAGGACGAUUGCCCACCAAAAAGCUGUUCCACGAGGAGCUGGCCUUGCAGUGGGUGGUCAGCAGCGGCAGCGUGCGCGAGGGGGCCUUACAGCAGGCCUGGUUCUUCUUUGAGCUCAUGGUGAAGAGCAUCAUCCACCACCUAUACUUCGCCCAGCGCCUUGAGUCGCCCAGGAAGAACCGCUUCCCCGAGCGCUUCAUGGACGACAUCACCGCACUGGUCAGCACCAUCGCCGGCGACAUCGUCUCUCGCUACCAGAAGGACCUGGAGCUGGUGGAAAGGCUGAACACUAGCCUGGGCUUCUUCAUCAACGACCUGCUGUCUGUCAUGGACCGGGGCUUUGUUUUCAGCCUCAUCAAGACCUACUGGAAACAGGUAUCCACCAAGCUGUAUGCCCAGCAGAACCCCACCCUGGAGUCCCUGAGGCUGGACUUCCUGAGGAUUGUGUGCAGCCACGAGCACUACGUCACCCUGAAUUUGCCCUGCAGCCUGCUCACCCCGCCCGCUUCCCCCUCCCCCUCCGUCUCCUCCGCCACCUCGCAGAGCUCUGGUUUCUCAACGCAUGUCCAGGACCAGAAGAUAGCCAACAUGUUUGAGCUAUCCAUCCCUUUCCGGGAGCAGCACUUCAUGGCUGGGCUGGUGCUGUCUGAGCUGUCUGUGAUCCUGGAGCCAGACAAUGAGGUCAUGUUCGGACUGCACAAGAAGGUGGUGAACGUGGUGCACAACCUUCUGUCCAGCCACGACUCGGACCCGCGCUACGCCGACCCGGAGGUCAAGGCCCGGGUGGCCCUGCUCUACCUGCCGCUCAUCGGCAUCGUCAUGGAGGCGCUGCCGCAACUUCACGACUUCACAGAGUCUCACGUUCAGUGGGGUCGCCCAGGCUGCCCACAGGGGGGCGCUGCGGGAGGCUCUGGCGAGGAGGCCGACGGAGACGUGUUGAUCAGCCAGACGGUAGCCAUGGCGAUAGCCGGUACCUCCGCCGCCCCGCCAAUGUCCCGGCCUAGCAGCUUCCUGCUAAACACGCAGACCGGCCGACAGCACGGGACCUUCUCUGCGGAGUCCAGCCGCAGCCUGCUGAUCUGCCUGCUGUGGGUGCUGAAGAAUGCAGACGAGAUGGUGCUGCAGAAGUGGUUCACAGACCUGUCGGUGUCCCAGCUCAACCGCCUGCUGGACCUGCUCUACCUCUGCGUGUCCUGCUUCGAGUACAAGGCCCAUGUUGUGUUCACCAUGCAGGGCAAGAAGGCCUUUGAGCGCAUGAACAGCUUGACCUUUAAGAAGUCCAAGGACAUGAAGGCCAAGCUGGAGGAGGCCAUACUGGGCAGCAUUGGGGCCAGGCAGGAGAUGGUGCGACGCAGUCGCGGGCAGCUGGAGAGGAGUCCAUCGGGCAGUGCGUUUGGUAGCCAGGAGAACCUUCGCUGGAGGAAAGACAUGACCCACUGGAGACAAAACAGCGAGAAGAUGGACAAGAGCCACAGAUCUAUCAGGACAAGAGCAGAGUUGGAACACGAAGCACUGAUUGACGGUAACCUAGCAACGGAAGCCAAUCUUACAAUUCUGGAUACUCUGGAGAUCGUUGUGCAGACGGCCUCUGUGACGGAGACCAAGGAGAGCAUCCUGGGUGGGGUGCUGAAGGUGUUGCUCCACAGCAUGGCCUGCAACCAAAGCGCCCUCUACCUGCAACACUGCUUCGCUACACAGAGAGCCCUGGUGUCAAAGUUCCCAGAGCUGCUGUUUGAGGAGGAGACAGAGCAGUGUGCAGACCUUUGCCUGAGGCUGCUGAGGAGCUGUGGCAGCAGCAUCAGCACCAUCCGCGCCCACGCCAGCGCCUCCCUCUACCUCCUCAUGAGGCAGAAUUUUGAGAUCGGCAACAACUUUGCCAGGGUGAAGAUGCAGGUGACCAUGUCUCUGUCGUCACUUGUGGGAACCUCCCAGAACUUCAAUGAGGAGUUCCUGCGCCGCUCCCUUAAGACCAUCCUGACCUACGCCGAGGAGGACCUGGAGCUCCGGGAGACCACCUUCCCUGACCAGGUACAGGACCUUGUGUUCAACCUGCAUAUGAUCCUGUCUGACACGGUGAAGAUGAAGGAGCACCAGGAAGACCCUGAGAUGCUCAUAGACCUGAUGUACAGGAUCGCCAAGGGUUACCAGACGUCCCCAGACCUCCGUCUGACCUGGCUGCAGAACAUGGCGGGGAAGCACACAGAGCGGACCAACCACGCCGAGGCGGCCCAGUGUCUGGUGCACAGCGCCGCCCUGGUGGCCGAGUACCUCAGCAUGCUGGAGGACCGGAAGUAUCUACCCGUCGGCUGCGUCAGCUUCCAGAACAUGUCGUCCAACGUGCUGGAGGAAUCGGCGGUGUCUGACGACGUGGUCUCCCCUGACGAGGAGGGCAUUUGCUCAGGGAAGUACUUCACUGAGGCGGGCCUGGUGGGGCUCCUGGAGCAGGCCGCCGCCUCCUUCUCCAUGGCUGGGAUGUACGAGGCGGUCAACGAGGUGUACAAGGUGCUCAUCCCCGUCCACGAGGCCAACCGCGACGCCAAGAAGCUCGCCACCAUACAUGGUAAACUGCAGGAAGCCUUUGGCAAAAUCGUCCACCAGAGUACUGGCUGGGAGAGAAUGUUUGGUACGUACUUCAGAGUCGGAUUUUACGGUACCAAGUUUGGGGACUUGGAUGAGCAGGAGUUUGUAUACAAAGAGCCUGCCAUCACCAAACUAGCAGAGAUCUCCCACCGACUGGAGGGAUUCUACGGGGAGCGUUUUGGCGAAGAACAGGUGGAAGUCAUUAAGGACUCCAACCCUGUAGACAAGUGCAAACUGGACCCCAACAAGGCUUACGUCCAGAUCACGUAUGUGGAGCCCUUCUUCGAUACGUACGAGAUGAAGGACCGCAUCACCUACUUCGACAAGAACUACAACCUGCGGCGCUUUGUCUACUGUACGCCCUUCACGUUGGACGGCCGUGCGCACGGCGACCUCCACGAGCAGUUCAAACGGAAGACCAUCCUCACCACCUCGCAUGCCUUCCCCUACAUCAAGACCCGCAUCAACAUCAUACACAAGGAGGAGAUCAUAUCAAUGCCCAUGGAGGUAGCCAUCGAGGACAUGCAGAAGAAGACCCAGGAGCUAGCCUUCGCCACCCACCAGGACCCCUCCGACGCCAAGAUGCUGCAGAUGGUCCUGCAAGGCUCUGUGGGCACCACGGUCAACCAGGGCCCUCUGGAAGUGGCUCAGGUGUUCCUGUCUGAGAUUCCCAGUGACCCCAAACUCUACAGACACCACAACAAGCUACGGCUCUGCUUCAAGGACUUCACCAAGAGGUGCGAGGACGCGCUGCGUAAGAACAAGAGCCUGAUUGGUCCCGAUCAGAAGGAGUACCAGAGGGAACUGGAGAGGAACUACCACCGCCUGAAGGAGGCGCUGCAGCCCCUCAUCAACAGGAAGAUACCCCAGCUCUACAAGCCUGUCCUGCAGGUCAACUCUCAUAGCAAACGGACAGCUUGACAAGAGAUUCCUUCAGCAGAAUAAGUCUUCGGAAGCUUGAUUUUUGAAGAUGAGGAAAAGAGAACGUCAACAUUAAUUUAUUCCCAAGUGUAAAUACAUUGUGUCUCCUUAAAAGUCGCUCCUCAACAUAGUGGCCUGAAAGUGUCCUGGCUUGGUACGUCAUUCCAGUGUCUUAAUUUGUUUACAGAAUAACCUGUUACGCAUCGGUGGGACGAUCAAGUUGAUCUUACAGCGAUACCUUGGCAUUUUUCUUUUUUGUCAUGCAAUAUUUUUUUACUGCAUCAUUGAUGGUGUUUGGAAUUUUUAUUUACCCAGCAUCAGUCAUGUUGCUAAUGUCAAAAUGGCUCAUUUGCAUUGUGUUCAUGUCUCAAUGUCAAUGGAUCUUUAGCAGCCAUUAGCUAUUGAGGCUAACAGCUAUUAACAAGUUCCCCUUUUGUCAAGUCAAGUGCCAACACAAAAAGCCAAAGGGUACUCUUUAAAAACGUCACGGUAUCAUUAAAAAAAUGUGUAUAGUGUCAAAUCUGUAUUUAAUUUAAUUUGUGCACUUUUUAUUAUGGUGUAGCGAUGCCUUUUAUAACUUGAAAGUUUACUAUUUAAUCCAAAAGGCAUAAAAAAAUCAUCCAAAACAUGAAAAAUGCAAAAAAACAUACUAUUUAUAAGGCUUUAUAAAUAGUAUUUAUCAUUAUUCAUUUAAACUACAUUGCAAGUAAAAGGGAUUUGUUUUCAACUUUAAUUGUUUGAUUUAUGUUAAUAUUUAACAAAAUAAAUAUUUUAAUUGUCCAAAUCAUAUCCUUUAUUUUUUCACAAACUGUCCUAAGGGUCUUUCAUUAAUGGAAAUAUUAAAACUUUAUUGCUUAUGUUCCGAAACGGUUGAGAGAAAGCAGUUUAGCAUCAAUGAAAUACGUUAUUUACGCAUACCAGUUAUGGCUGGUAUUGCUUGACAUUAAGAACCUAGAAAAUGAUGUAGACAUCUUGCCUAAAGUGAAAAAAUUAACAUUUUCAAACGUGACAUUAAUCAGAUGACCUGCAGAACCUCUCCAUAAUUAAGCUUAUCAGCAAUGAAAACCUCACAGGUUAUGACAAACAUGUUCUAAAGCCGUUUUUACAUGGAUUGGCCUUAUCUUAACUCUAAUGGCCUCCAUGUCCUUAGUAAUUAACAUUGAAAGCUGUAAACCAAAAAGGUUCAAACAAUUAGUUAGAGCAACAAAUGCAAAGAUCACUUUUAUAACCGGUUAAUGGUGGGUGACAAGUUUAAUGCAUCAAUACACUUCCACAUGAGAUAAUGGCAGAAAUGUCCAUCAGCCAUCCUUUUAUAGGUUAUGUGCCCCUACUGGAGUUCCGCUGGUGCUUUUUCCAUAUUACAAGACCUUGACAUGUCGCUCAAGGAAGUGAUUCAAUGGGAUUUAAAUCAUUAACUGAGAUAUAUAUUGCCUCCUGAAGUAUAAAUGCAAUCCCAUCAAAAUGUUUACUUUUCCCUUUGUGGCACUCUUGUGAGCUGACAGCAUGCGCCUCUCCUGCAUAGACUAAGGAAUUCAGCAUGUUAGAUGUAUGGCAAUAAAUGUGUUUAUAUAAAGACAUUCAGUAGCCUGUUGGACCUGAAUGAGGGAUUCAUGAAAAGAUGUCCAUGCAGAUCUAUAUUCUCAAUAGACUUCCCUUGAGGUGUAGCAUCCUUAUCCUGGCAAUAGAAAAACUUAAUGGGAUGCAGUGUUGCCUAUGACCAAAGAAAAGAUGAAAAUAUACAGCAAUUUAACCUACUGGAAUUUUAAGUGCCAAAGUGCUUAACAUAGUUAAAACAACUUAAUAUAUGGAUAGAUCCGAAUCAUUCUAACAGAUCAGGAAUAAGGGGACAAUGAAACAAAAUAUGACAGCUAGGACAAAAGGAAAAGCUUUAAACUCAUCAAAUAAAAUGAGCUGGGGGGCAUAAAUUAGGCUUUUAGUUAUGCAAGCUUCCUCCCAAACCUGUUGCUAUGAAAAGGCUCUAGUCAUCAUUGACCAGUGGGAAGUACCGCUGGUUUUCAUAGACCCAAAAUUCAUGUGGGUGCCAAUAUCACAAGUCUAUUAGCUUAGGAGUUUGCUAGUACCAAACCCUGCAAGUUGAGCCAUUCUAGAGGUCCAUAGUUUCAUGUGACCCAUAUGUAUUCUG